CAAUCAAGAUUUGAUGAUCGGUCAGUAACUAACUCGAACAGACAAAUAGAGCAUCUUAUUAUCAUCAAGCUAUCGCCGUGAAAUAAAUCUUGUGUGAACCGUACUCUUGCGGGAUUGAGGCCAGUAAUUUCACUUUUAUUGACAUCCGUGUUUAUGAAGAACCGAAGCGCGUGCUCUUAAGAGUCGUGCUGUUUUGUAGAAUGAAUAUUAUGUGUCACUCGCACGCGUCACGAGCUUGAAUGCGGUGGAAUGGAAUUGUCGUGUAAUAAUUAACCUGUUCCAGUACCUUUUUGUUAUGGUUUCCUACUUGUGAUACAUUUCCGGGAAUUUUUAGGUUAGUUUCUUUAAAAUCAAACGCGGAUUCGAAGAAAUUAGUAUUUAUAAGUAACUGCGUGGAGCUUGUCUCCGUUCCUUAAAUCUCUAUGGAUUUAGUAAUGCUGAAUGGAUACAAAUAUUCCGGUAAACAAUGAAACUGUCUGGAAUCCACUCUAAAGAUAGAAUUUAUUUAUUCUAAAUAUGAGAUCCAAAUUGUGUUUGUGUCAUUAGAAUAUUAAGUUGAGAAAACAAAAUGCGGGUCAGCAUGAGGAAUUGUCUCAGUUUGAAAUGUGUCAAAGACUUUAUUUUUUGUGUUGUACUGGUGACACAAGUUUAUGGUCAACUUGAUGACGAAUGCUUGCGACGUUUCGGAACAGAAAUGCAAGUGGUAAGCAGUAAGAAUCUUGCAUUACGACAACGUUUAAUAUGUAAGGACACGAAGACGCCCAUAUCUUUAAGGAUUAAACAAAAGGAGGGACAGCAUCACAGAAGAAAAGUGGUAAUCCGUCGAUGUCCCAGUGUGAAAAAUGUCUGGCUACAUAAUCCCAGUACGAAUGGGACAUUUUACUCCACUAAUGGUGCAGCUGGCUCUGUCAAAUCAUGCUAUGGCGUCAACAACACAUUUGUGCUUCCUGGGAAUAAAUUUGGUCACCGAGAUAAAACCAUUCUUUCCUUUUCCAUGGGAUCCGAAGACCCAGAUUUUUUAAUAUUGACAUAUGACUUAAAAAAUCACGAUGUUGUCAACAAUUUUGCUUAUAAAAUUGAUUUUAACCAAAUCGACGAAGGAAGAUCCACACUCUCAAGGCAAAGACGCGAAACAAGUGAAAAUAGUGAAACAAAAGUUGAUAAUAGCCUGCUUCCGGUAGGAUGUGGAAAUGAUAGAAGCUGUAUAAGAUAUGGAGAUGCAAAAUGUGCCCACAUGGAAUGUUCGUAUUUUGUAUCGUAUCGUAGAAUAGGUUCAACAGAUUUAGAGAUAGAGAUUAGUGGUAAAACUACAGGCUGGGUGGCCGUUGGGUUUUCUUCGGAUGACAGAAUGGGCGGUGGUGAUGACGUAGUUGUGUGUAAACGAAAAGGAGAGUACAGUGAUGACGUAGAGGCCGACUCCAUGUUGAAUACGGCACCGUAUGCACGACCACAACCUAAGGACACUGAAUUUGAUUUAAUUUCGGUUAAGUACAAGGACGGAUUUAUCUACUGUAAAAUAGUUCGACCUCUGAAAGUGAACAUGGAAAAUAACCUUGACCUUUAUAAUGAUUGGUAUCAACUAUACGCUAAAGGCCCAAUCACAACAACUGGUGUUAUGCUGCAGCAUGAAAAAAUUCCUCCUACAUCACGAAGCAAAAUCACAGUAUUAAUACCAGUUGAUAUAGUAAACUCCAUGGCAACCAAAUCAGACUUCUGCUCUUCUGUGACCAUGACAGCAAUCAUCGUGGCAUUUUUUGUUUCUUGACCUGCAUGACGCCAUUCUCGAGUAAACUGAUAUAAUAAGUUCAUUGUGGGUGGCCGAGUCCAUUUACUAGUUGAAGGGGUGUUUUAGAGAAAUAUGUACGAUUUUCAUUAUUGUAUGCUUUUGGUUGUGAUUGGGCGAGCUUAUCUUUCCAUUCUGCAUUUUUAUUGUAUGGGGGGAACAUGCCCGAUUGUGUUCUUCUUGUGGUAUACUAGCGUAUAUAUUCUACUUAAUUUUACCAUUCCAUAUAGAAAGUUUUACUUCAUGGUUAUUUGUUGAUAGUGUAAUGCAUGGAAUUUAGAAUCAUAACUCUUAUUAUAUAUUAGAUACUUGAGGAGCUGGGCUGCAAGUUUAAAUAUGGAUGAAAGCAUGGUUUAGUGGCAACUUCUGUUCUUUUAACCCUUUUCAUGUCAGUUUGUUAGAAAUAUAAUGAACGGGUUUAUUUUAACUCGUUAACAAUCUCCCCUAUUUGACUGUGGGGUUUAUUUGUAAAAAGUCGUAGUGAUUUCACUGGUAAUUUUAUUACUACUUCCUGAAAAUAAUGGUAACAAGUAGAUAUCUACAACAUGGUAUCAUUCUGGGUUUACCAACAACAUAAUGUUCACGUUUCAAGUUCGCAAUGGACUUCGAUUCUACGGUGGAUGGUAAGGGGUAGGGUCGCAUGAAUUUUCCAGUUUCCUUCGACACGUAAACGGAAAUAAUAUAACAUGACAUUACUAGUCUCGAAAUUAUAUAUUUGGGUUGACUGUACGAAGAUACAAUUUAACUCUGUUCAAAGUCCGAAGUGUCUGACUCUUUCCUUGGCAUUUUUGGUGAAUAUGGUGGUAGUUGACGACUAUAAAUAUAACGCACGAUUUUCAGAAAGAUUCCGACCCAAGUAUACCUUAUAUUAUACUAUCCUUCAAAAAACGGGAUCAUUUACGCGUCUCUACGACCUUUCUACCAAAAGUUGCGUACAAUAGAAUUAAGACAUUUUGGCCCUAACUUUCUUAACAUACCACAAAGAUCUGGAGUAUGUAUGCCAGCCGAUAAAAAACAUGACUUUAUCACUUUAACUCUCCCCUCGCGACAGCCGCCAUCCCUUAAAAAACUUCAAUAGUCUGGAAAACUGACCGACCAAAGCGAGUCUUUAUCUCUCCUGGUCACAGCCACCAACCGCCAAAAAUACACAUACGUAAGACCAGGGAAAGAAUCAAUCAUAUUGAACUAAAUGAAACUACCAUUUGUUAUUAGAAUUUCUCACUUUAUAUUUAUUUGUUGCGUUUCACGUGAACACGUCAGUAGUCUUAUUGCACCUUUCUUGUAUGUUUCUAUGGUAAUGAGAGAACUUAUGGUGUUAUCUAUUCUACAUAAUGUUUGUAUGCAUUGUAUAUAUUUGUAUGUUGUUCAUGUGAUUUUUUUACACCUAAAUAUUUAUGUAUUUUUUCAAUUAACAUGAUCGAUCUCUUCCGAACAUAACUUUCAUUCACAACUUUUUAUCAUGCAGAUGACAUCAGACUUGAUUUUCCCCAGUUACUCUUAUACAAAUAGUAUAUGCCUUCUUUAGAUACAUUUACUGUACUAACAAUAGGAUUUAUUUUGUUCCAGCAAAGAACCUUCCUAAUUGCCAGAAUUGUAGUGCUGUUACGGUUCUGUCAGUCCCAAUAUGGAGGGCGUGGUUUUAGUAGGACUAUAACAUAAUUAAACACGUGGAACGGGUUUUAGCUAUGGUGAUUGGUCAAAAUAGUAUCAUAUUCACUUGGUGCAUGCCAUAUCGCUAGUAAUUCUUGUGUAUACUCGAUUGACACUUUUCUUCGCAGUUUUGAGUCUUGACGAAUUCAUUUCCGGAACGUUCAAUCGAGUGAUCCCUCAGAUAUUUCCCAUAAAAUCUGAAUUUGUACUCCUGAUCUUUAAAAUGACUAGAUCUCUUUGAUUUGGGAAAAAAUA